ACAAGCCCGGUGGAUAUCGGUAAGAGCGCACUGCCGGAGAGAGAGCGAGCGAGAGAGAGAGUAAGAGAGAUAGAGGGGGAGGGAGAGAGAGAGAGAGAGAGAGAGAGAGAGAGACCUCUGCUAUACGUGAAGGAGAGAGAGAGAGAGGGAGGGAGCCGGCACAGAGGAGCGCGCUUCGGCGGACAGACGCGCAGUUUGCAGGAGGAGAGCGGAGAGGCUGCCGGGUUUCAUUUUCUCCGGAUCACUUUUACGCACCACGCACAACGGAAGCGGUCUCCUCCAGCAACGGACUGCUAUCCAAACAGUUGAUUAGGAGGAUAAUCGAUGGGAGGAAAAAAAAAAUGUAUUUGUACUUUCCCGAUGACUUGUGAUUUUUUUCCCCCCAAGUAAUCGCUCACUCGGGAGAGAGGGAGACGGAGCAUAAGAUAUUCGGAUAUUUUAUCGAGACGAAGAGGAAACACGCUGCAGAGCAAAUGACUUUUCUCAGUUAUUUUGAUAUAAAAGUCGUUGGCAAAUGCUGGUGAUUUUAACCAGUGAUUUCUACUCAUUCAAAACUCUUUUUGCUCUUUUUCUUUUAGAGGUUUUUUUAUUCCCACGCGCGGUUCGGACUGUCAGCGGCUGCCGUACACGCGCACCCCAAAUGGAUUGUGAGGCUUUCGAGACAGAGUAAAAUAAGUGUUUACAUUUGUUAAGAAGAAGAAGAAGAAGAAGAAGAAGAAGAAGAAGAAGAAGAAGAAGAAGACGCGCACGUUGACAACUCACACUACAGUUCAACCUGCGCAAUAUUCUUUUGCGGUGGAUUUUUGGACCCUGCUUGUGUUGCACUUCAAAGAAAUAAAGAACUGUGGAAAGGAAGACGAAAAAAACGACUCUGGAAAGCAGCGCUGUCUCCGAAUUUACGGACUAAAACCACAGAGGAGGAGAAGAGAAGUGUUUUUUGUUUUUUUGGUCCACAUCUGAGGGGAAAACAUGGAUUUAUUCAUACGCCUUUGUGGAUGUUUACUGGCCGUUUUCUUGCCUUCAGCGGUCACAGCGGAGGAAGGAGCAUCCGAGCCGUGCGGCGGCUAUUUGGACGCCAGCGAUGCCGGCUACAUCACCACCCCCGGCUACCCGCUGGAGUACCCCCCCCACCAGAGCUGCCGCUGGGUCAUCACCGCGCCGGAGGCCUCGCAGCGCAUCGUCCUCAACUUCAACCCGCACUUCGAGAUCGAGAAACUGGACUGCAGGUACGACUACGUAGAGAUCCACGACGGGAACUCAGAGUCCGCCGACCUGCUGGGGAAGCACUGCAGCAACAUCGCCCCCGCCCCCAUCAUAUCGUCAGGACCCGCCCUCCACAUCAAGUUCGUGUCGGACUACGCCCACCAGGGCGCCGGCUUCUCGCUGCGCUACGAAGUCUUCAAAACCGGCUCCGACUGCUCGCGCAACUUCACCAGCCCCACGGGGCUCAUCGAGUCCCCGGGCUUCCCCGACAAAUACCCCCACAACCUGGAGUGCUCCUUCAUCAUCGUCGUCCCGCCCAGCAUGGACGUGACCCUCUCCUUCCUCACCUUCGACCUGGAGAACGACCCCCUGCCGGGCGGCGAGGGCGACUGCAAGUACGACUGGCUGGAGGUGUGGGACGGGCUCCCGGGAGUGGGCCCUCUGAUUGGUCGAUACUGCGGGACCAGGGUGCCCCCCGAGAUCCAAUCGUCCACCGGGAUCCUCUCCCUGUCCUUCCACACUGACAUGGCCGUGGCCAAAGACGGCUUCUCGGCUCGAUACAACAUGACGCACAAGGAAGUCAGUGAGACUUUCCACUGUAGUAACGCUUUUGGCAUGGAGUCAGGCAAGAUCACGGACGACCAGAUCACGGCCUCGUCGAGCUUCUACGACGAACACUGGCUGCCGCGCCAGGCCCGGCUCAAUUACCAUGACAACGGAUGGACGCCCAACGAGGACAGCAACAGGGAGUUCGUACAGGUGGACCUGCACACUCUGAAGGUCCUCACCGGCAUCGCCACCCAGGGCGCCGUGUCGAAGGAAACCGAGAAGGCUUACCACGUCACCGCCUUCAAGCUGGAGGUCAGCACCAACGGAGAGGACUGGAUGGUCUACAGGCACGGCAAGAAUCACAAGGUUUUCCACGCCAACACCGACGCCACGGAGGUGGUCCUCAACCGGAUCCCGCAGCCCGUCCUGGCCCGCUUCGUGAGGGUCCGUCCUCAGACCUGGAAGAACGGCAUCGCGCUGCGGUUCGAGCUCUACGGCUGUCAGAUCACCGAUGCACCCUGCUCGGAGCUGCAAGGCAUGCUGUCCGGGCUGCUGCCGGAUUCCCAGAUCUCCGCCUCGUCCAUGAGAGACAUCCACGGCCCCAUGGGGGCCGCCAGGCUGGUGGCCAGUCGCUCGGGCUGGUUCCCCAACCCCACGCAACCCAUCGCCGGGGAGGAGUGGCUUCAGACCGACCUCGGCGUGCCCAAGAUGGUGCGGGGCAUCAUUACCCAGGGUGCAAGAGGGCUGGAGGGCAGCACCAGCGCCGAGAACAAAGCGUUCGUCAGGAAGUACAAGCUGGCGCACAGUUUGACCGGCAAAGACUGGACUCACGUCGUGGACGGCAAGACGGGGCUGGCCAAGAUCUUCGAGGGGAACGGCAACUACGACACCCCCGAGGUGCGGCGGUUCGACGAGAUCGUGGCCCAGUACAUCAGGGUGUUCCCGGAGAGGUGGUCCCCUGCUGGGAUCGGCAUGAGGAUGGAGGUCCUCGGCUGCGACCUGGCCGAAACCACCACCGUACCUGACGCUGUGACCCCCACCCUGCCGAGAGUGGAGCACACCUCUGCCGUGAUGAGACCCGCCACCACCCCGUCGCUGUCGGCCGUGUGCGACUUUGAGCAGAGCCUGUGCGGCUGGUCGGCCGACCCGCAGUCGGGCGUCAGCUGGUCCCUGCACGCGGCCAGCAGCGGUUCCCCCGGACACGGGACCAGGCAGGACCUGGCGCUCGGGUUAGACAAUUUCUCAGGGAACUACCUCUACCUGGACGGCGGGGCCCACACCCAGCGCAAGCGAGCCCGGCUCCUGAGUCCCGAGGUGGGGCCGGAGCGGGGCCCGCUGUGCCUCGUCUUCUACUACCAGCUGCAGGGCGAGGCCCUGGGGAGCCUGAGGGUGCUGCUGAGGGACAGUGACCAGGACGAGACGCUGCUCUGGGCCCUGAAGGGAGACCAGGGGCCCCACUGGAGGGAGGGCCGCACCAUCCUGCCCCAGAGCCCCAGAGAGUAUCAGGUGGCGUUCGAGGGCUUUUUUGACCACCCGACCAGGGGCCACAUCAGAAUAGAUAACAUCCACAUGAGCAACAGUGUCGAGCUGUCGGAGUGCAUACAGCCUUUUCCCGCCUUAAACCCCGGCAUAACCAGGGGUGCCAUGUCUGGAUCGGAGCCCACAGUAGACACAGUGGCGGCGCAGCCCCUUCCCGCCUACUGGUACUACGUGUUGGCGGGAUGCGCCGCCCUCUUGCUGCUUGUCACUGUAACCGUGGUGGUGACGCUGUGCUGCCAUCGGUACCACUGGGCCCCCAAGAAGACCGGCGCUGGUCAUCACCACUCGGUGAUGUACCACAACGGCCAGCAUCCGAAUCAGCCGAGCCACCAAAAACUGCUACCAGAACCAAAAACCUGAGCUAUAAUCUGAUCCACAGCCCCAACCCAAACAACCUGCGCUCAGUUACCGGGCCGUGCCUCGACCCCAUGCUCACCAUCCGGUUGGAGAAAGAGGACAGCUACGAUUCCCGGUGUUGAAAACAACUGGACUCAAUGUGAUUGAUAUCCUUUUAUUAGAAUGCUUUGUUCAAAUGAAGCCAAUUAAGGGUGUGAAACCCCCCCCCCCCCGAAAUUCAUGAUCGACAGCAGUGUUUUUCCGCAUGAUGAGAAUCAACAUAGAAGAGAAGCUGCAGCCCCUGUUUUGCUGAUGCGGAUCUAAUUAACCGAUCAGCAUGCACCUUUGCUAAACUUCCUCGAGGGCUGCCACUGGCAGAAUGAACGUGUGAAAGCUUUUCCUUUUGGUGGGGGGGCGGGGGGGUGGGGGGGCGCUGGAUGAAAGGACUUUAACCGAUGAACUUACAUGAGCUUACAUAGCUGCACCUCCACCUGGUAGCGCUGGAUAUGAAAGGACUCCCCAACAGACUGUGGACAAUGAAUAUGUACACGGGCUUGUGCAAUUGUCAGAGCGGGAAAAAUGCCUGUCUGCCCCCCCCCCCCCCGCUCU